AUGGGAAAAUCAUCAAAAAGGAAACGAUCUAGAAGCAGAUCACGGGAAAAAGAUUCCAAAAAGAAAAGAAAAGAGGAUAGACUCGAAAAACUCGAAAAUCAAGUUUCUAACCUCACUUCUGGACUCAACGACAUCGUGUCAAAAAAUUUGUUAGCUGGAACGCAGGCAAGUAAUGCCGAGGAAAAUCGAGACAAAAAUAAAAGCGAGCAAAAUGACACAUCAAUUUUGAGGUUAGAUCAGACAAAUAAUAAUGAUCAAAACAAAAACGAUAAUUCAAAAAAUCCAGAAAGUUCAUCAUUAGCCGAGGACUAUCAGCAGGAAAAGUCAAUAAAUAAUACAGAUUCGAAUUCAAUGGAUGAAAAUGACGAAAAUAUCUCUCUAGACAACGAAGUUCUAGACGCGCAUUAG